AAAUUAAAAUUGUUGUGAGAUUUUUUUACUAAAAUUCGAACAAAAAGAAAAAUUUAAUAUCAUUCAAGUGAUAGAUUGAGUUUUACCCGCAUUGUGUGGUGCAUUCAGAGCAAAAGAAACCGGAUGGAAUUAAGUGUAUUAGAAAACUAGAUACUAGACUGUUGUGUAAAUAGUGUGUAAAAUUUGAAAUGGAUUUGGUUGUACGUCGGCAGUCAGAGCAAUUGAAUCGAAGACACUUUACAUCCGAAUCGAUGGAUGACGAUGAUGACAGUGAUAAACCGAAAAAUAAAAAAUUCCGAGCAAUCAACGACUAUCGUAGAUGGGAGUGGGGAAAUUUACGGACGGAAUGUGAAAACUUGGGACUUGAAACAUUUUAUCGAACGUACGUGCAACGAUUGCAGCGUAGUUACUUGUCGGUAUUUUUUGUGAUGCAUACCAUAAUUGGUAUGGUGCAUACGAUUGCUUUAGUCGCAACGCAGAAAUCAGCGCCAAUUAGCCCGGAAGUGUAUUGCAAUUUGGCGAGUAUAAUUGUUGUGUGGGUGUCGUUAAUAUCGUCAUUCAAUGAGCAUUUAAUUAAAAAGCAAACGUGGAUACCGAAUUUCGGUUCGGUGGCAACUGUUAUCGGUUUGGUUAUAUUGGAUAUUAUUGUACCGUUAUACCAUUCGGUGCGAACGCAUGUGAGACCACCGCUACGGCCAAGCUACGAUGCUUACAUCAUUUUUGCAAUUUACAUAUUCUUGCCGUUGCCCGAAAAUUUGCACAGCGUCAUUUUGGCAAUGUCGACCUCAUUUUGUUAUUUACUUGUGACACAUGUUAUGACUUAUCGUCUAGACGACUAUGCCGUAAUCAAAACAAUCACGGACUUGGUAUAUUUGCUGGGUGUUAAUUUUUUCGGCGUAUGUGUACGAUUACAGAAUGAAGUGGCUAUUCGACGAGCAUUUCUAGAUCGUCGUGAGUGCGUCGAAGGAAAUUUGCUAUUACGAUAUGCUCGUGAUCAAGAGAAAAAUUUGCUGUUAAGCAUUUUGCCAGCGCACACGGCAUCCGUGCUUGAGAAGGCCAUACGUGGUAUGAUUGAGAAAAUUCGACAAGAGAAACACGAAUCAACACAGGAAUUAAAUGCCAAAAGCCUCGAUAUACCGAUUCCGAGACGUCAAUGGCGUGGACAACCAAUCAAACUUUAUAUUGAACACCAUAAAAGCGUCAGCGUACUUUAUGCCGACGUUGUGAAUUACACAUACAUCACGACCCAGCUACCAGUUAAAACGUUAGUUGAAGUUUUACACGAACUAUUCGUUAAAUUCGAUCAGGCAUCCGAGGAGUACAAUGUUUUGCGCAUCAAAUUCUUGGGCGAUUGCUAUUAUUGUGUGAGCGGUGUACCCGAACCAAAUCCGCAACAUGCCAGGAGUUGCGUUGACUUGGGAUUACGAAUGAUUCGUGAUAUUCGUGAAGUGCGUGCACAACGAAAUAAUCUGAAUAUUGAUAUGCGAAUUGGCGUCCAUUCGGGCUCAAUAAUGUCAGGUGUAAUUGGUGCUUGUAAAUGGCAAUAUGACAUCUGGUCCAAAGAUGUUAGCAUUGCCAAUAGAUUAGAAACAACUGGAGUGCCUGGCAAAGUGCACAUUACUCAGCAAACACUGGAAUUGCUAGAAGAUCAGUACUUUUUUGAACCGGGCACAGAAAUGGCAAAAAAAGAUCCGGUUCUACUCAAAAAUAAUAUUGAAACAUUUUUGAUAUCACCACAGUAUUAUGGAGGUGAUUUUCACUAUUACAGUCCGGACGAGCUGAAUAGAAGAUAUUCUUCUGGCAUGAAACGAAUGAUGAAUCGAUCUACACGCAAUAAUAGAAAGCUAUUACUUGACUGUUCAUAUCGAAAUGGAAACUGUAUCGGUAAGAAUUUUAUGCAAAAUUCAAUGGAACAGUAUAUGCAAAUUAUGAAACAAACCAAUAGUGAAAUGGCACUGGAGUUGGACCGAAUGCCAAUCGGAAAAUUUCAUUUCAAUCACUUGUUUUCGAGCCGUCGCCGUGAUAGUUGCGAGGAUGCCGAAUACGAACGUUCAUCACUUAGUAGCAAAGUCUCGACAAUUCUAUUACGAUUUCGUAAUAAAAAAUGGGAGAUGUCUUUUUUACAAGAGCAAGAUUUAAUGCUCAAGUACAGUACAUUCAUGUGCUUCAUCGUUUUUAUUGGAAUCAUCGUUGCACAGUCACUAAAUAAUCCGAACGGUUGGAGCUAUUGGGUGCUGAACAUAAUCGGCUUUUUAGUUUUACUUUUCUUCAUAUCGAUAACAUGGUUUAAAAAAAUCUGGAUAUUAAUUCGACCAAUAAACGAAGACGAUCCAAAUUUGAUAGAAUUGCCAACGAACCCAUUUUUGCGAUACCUAUUUAAUACAUCGAAAAGUGUAAUGAGCAACGCUGUAGCCCGAACGCUGAUUUAUUUUGUGUCAGUUUGUGUGCUUACGUUUAGCGCUUUAAUUCAUUUGAUCGACUAUGAAUCGAUUCGCGGGCAUGAUGGAAACCAUGCACAUUCAAUCAAAUGUUUACAGUGCUUUAAUCCAUGGGGCAUUACUCAAAGUCUAAUUAUGGCCAUUUGUGUGAAUUUUUUAUUUGGUCGCAUACAUUUCAUACUCAAACUUAUUGUUGGCGCUUUGAUUGUGGGCUUUUAUUCAUGGAUUAUAUUUGCGUCCUAUGAUUUUCUGUUUAAUACAAGCCCAUCGAUAAGUGCAUCGUUGGAUCCAAAAGUUGGACACAUAUUAAUUGUAAUUUUUAUCACCGUUUCAUUGCACAUGGUUGACAGACAAACUGAAUACAUUACACGGGUUGAUUACACAUGGAAGCAGCAAUUGCAAAAACGACAAGAAGAAUCCGAAUGCACAAAAGACACCAUCAAAAUAUUGGUGCAAAACAUUUUACCUGCGCAUGUUGCUGAAAUUUACAUGAGUCGUCAAAUGAAGGACGAAUUAUAUUACGAAGAGUAUGAUAACGUGGCCAUCAUGUUUGCAACAAUAACGAACUAUGACAUCCAAUCCGACGCUACCGUUGAUAUUGAACGCAAUAUUUUGAGCAUAUUAAAUCGUAUUAUUUGUGAUUUUGAUGAGAAAUUGCUGUCGAAAGCGGGCCCAUUGAAAUUGGAAAAAAUUAAAGUGUCUGGUUGGACGUAUAUGGUGGCGUGUGGCUUGGAUCCGGGACGGAGUGAUUCAUCCGCAUCAUUAAACAGUGGAUGUAGUUCGCCAAAUCAACGCACAUCAUUGCUUUCAAAUGGUCGUCGUAGUUGGAAUACUUUCAAUUUCAAAGCCAUUCCUAAAAGUCCGAAGAAAAACCCACGAUACGAUCCAUCGAAACGGGAACGAAAACAAAGCAGCAGACAAUCACAAAAUGUUGUUUACGUAUUAACUGAAUUUGCACUUGAGCUAAUGCGAAUCCUUGAGGCGUUUAAUACGGAGAAUUUUCAAAGUGACGGAAAGCUGCGAAUUGGAAUCGCCCAUGGCAAAGUGAUGGCAGGCGUUGUUGGUUCAAGCAAACCAUUGUAUGAUGUAUGGGGAAACGGUGUAAAUAUGGCAUCACGAAUGGACAGCACUGGAAUUCCUGGAAAAAUCCAACUUACCAAAGAAUCGGCAGAAGAAUUACAAUCGUUUGGUAUUCGCUGUGAUUAUCGUGGCGAAACUUAUAUCAAAGGCCGCGGUAAUAUACCGACAUAUUUUGCACGCAUUAAUGAACAACUCGAAUUCGUGAGAGAACCACAACCGGUUGAAUUACAUCAUAUCGAUGAUAUGCAUGUUUAAACGAUAGACAAAAAUUCAUCACGAUAAUUUUUCUUCGAUGAAGAGAGCAUUUGAUUAGAUUUUUUUAAAAUUUAUUUUGCACAAAAAACAUAAUCUUUAUUAUAUAUUGUAAUUAUAUAGUAAUAAUAUCAACAUGAAGGAUACAUUACAAUUAA